AUGUCAAAGCAUCAUCCAGACCUUGUCAUGUGUAAAAAACAACCCGGUAUCGCGCUCGGUCGACUCUGUGCAAAAUGCGACGGUAAAUGUGUCGUCUGCGACUCUUAUGUACGGCCACAGACACAAGUUCGGACAUGCGACGAAUGUGCCUUUGGUAGAGAUGCAAACAAAUGUCUCAUUUGCGGCGGCGAGGGAAUCUCAGAUGCGUACUACUGUGCAGCUUGUACGAGGCUUGAAAAUGAUCGCAAUGGAUGUCCCAAGAUUAUCAACCUCAGUUCAAGUUCAAGAGACUUGUUUUACGAAAAGAAGAAGCGGCAAAAGAGUGCAUAUAGCUUUGCGUGA